ACAACGUACAGAGCAGAUUGAGGGAUUUCAUUUAACACCAAACCUUUAAAUGACAUGUUAAAAUGAAAUAAUAUGCAUUACGGCCAAAAAUAAGACUUAUACACAAAGAGACAGAAAAGAAAGAACAACAGCGACAGCAUCGCAGACAGAGGCUGGAGCCUGUGUAUAGACACCUUGUCUAUCUGCCCAUCUGUGGUUCCGUGGAGAAGCCCUGACCUCUUUCCUUCAGGGUAUACGGUCUACAACUGACCUUCGCCCCGUCCUCUGCCACGUGAUCUAAGUGGACAGAUGAUAGUGCCACCUCCUAAAACUGUUGCCACAAAGACAGCGAGGAGGAAGUAGACUGGUGCCAAACCGUGCCUCAUAAGUCUCUGAGGCUGGGUAUUGAGAGGUCAGCUGUUUGAGAUAUGCCCUCACCCCCCUAUGAUGGAGACGAUCAAGGAACGUCCCCCAUGAACAUGCCACCGACACUGUCAAAUCAGAAUGGAGUAAAAAGGAAGGUCCACACCAAGAAGAAGAAGAAGGGUUUCAUCACAGCCAACGUUGCUGGAACAAAAUAUGAGAUUGUUCGUAUUGUCAUUGAGGAGAUGAUCUUUCAUAAAGCCAGAGAUGAUGAUGAGAUGGCCAAUCUCAUCUGGAACGACUCUGCCGUGCAACAUGAGAAAAUCGCUGAGCUCAGGAACUAUCAGAGGAUAAACCAUUUCCCAGGAAUGGGUGAGAUCUGUCGGAAAGACUGCUUGGCAAGGAACAUGGCCAAAAUGAUUAAAAGUCAGCCUCAGGAAUAUAGCUUCAUCCCCAAAACCUGGAUCUUCCCAGCCGAGUGCACGCAGUUCCAGAAUUAUGUAAAGGAGUUGAAACGAAAACGCAAGCAGAAAACGUUCAUCGUUAAGCCUGCGAAUGGAGCCAUGGGCCACGGGAUAUCUCUGAUUCGCAAUUGUGAAAAGCUCCCGGUCCAGGAUCACUUCAUUGUGCAGGAAUACUUAGACAAGCCCUUCCUCAUGGAGGGCUACAAGUUUGACCUGAGAUUCUACAUUCUUGUUACUUCCUGUGAUCCACUACGUGUCUUCCUCUACAACGACGGCCUGGUGCGAAUGGGUACAGAGAAAUACCACACACCAAACGAGUCCAACUUGAACCAGCUCUACAUGCACUUGACCAACUACUCCGUAAAUAAACACAACGAGAACUUUGAGCGAGAUGAAACCGUGGACAAAGGCAGCAAGCGCUCUAUUGGUUGGUUCACAGAGUUCCUUCGAACCAACGAUUACGACGUGGCCAAAUUCUGGGGCGAUGUUUCAGAGCUGGUGGUGAAGACCCUGAUAGUGGCCGAACCACAUGUGCUCCACGCCUACCGCAUGUGCCGCCCGGGCCAGCCACCAGGGAGCGCCAGCGUCUGCUUUGAAGUUCUUGGAUUUGACAUAAUCCUGGACCGCAAACUCAAACCCUGGCUGCUAGAGAUCAAUCGUGCCCCGAGUUUUGGGACAGAUCAAAAGAUUGAUUACGAUGUGAAGAAGGGGGCUUUGCUCAACACCCUGAAACUGCUCAACAUCAGAGCGAGUGAUAAACGACGGAAUUUGGCCCAGCAGAAGGCGGAAGCCCAGCGACGACUGUAUGGACAGGGAUCAAUGCGGAAACUGACGGCCGGAUCAUCGGAAUGGGAAAGACAACGUCACCUACUGGAGCGCAGGAGAGAAGAGCUGAAAGAAAGACUGGCCCAAGUCCGCAAGCAGGUCUCCAGGGACGAGCACGAAAAGCGCCACCUGGGGAACUACAGACGUAUUUACCCCCCAGAUGACAAGCUGCUCUUGGAGAAAUAUGAGAGUCUCCUUUCAGCUGCCUUUCAGACAUUCCUCGCUGGGCGAGCAGCUUCACUUCAAAAGGAAAUGAAUAAUCCACUGAAACGAAUGAAGGAGGAAGAUAUCCUAGACCUCCUGGAGCAGUGUGAACUGGAUGAUGAGAAACUGAUGGGAAAAACCUCCAAACAGAAAGGACCUAAGGUCCUGUCAUCCAUGCCUGAGAGCAGCCCGACGCCCAGAGGGCACAGGGAGCCUGAGGACUCUUCGGCCAGCUGCAGCGACAGCAGCUCUGGUUCCGACGCUGAUGGAGAAGAUGAGAGCAGCAGCAUCACGCAAGAGAAACUCAAUCGCCCCGAACGCUCCAGUCGUGUGCAUUGGAAACCUGCCCCUAAACCAAUGCGAGGUCCUUCCUCCUCGCCCAAUCUUUCCGGGCUCAUCCGCCGCUCCAUGUCCUGUCCGCGCUCCAUAUCCUCUCUGACUGCGCAGUCACCUACCAAUGAGACCAGACGGCCAAAACCAGCCACUCACAUGGCUAAUGCAUCGACUGCGGCCGCUCAAACAGCAGCCACCAUGACGCAGAUGACCCCGAUUCGACCCCACACGGCAUGCCGCUCCCAUUCGCUCAGUCGCAACAGUUCUACAAACAGAGUUCCACACAGCAGCAGUCUAGGUGCCAUUCACCCCAAUACGGGGGAGACCCCGCUGAGUAAAGAGCAGGAGGCCGAGCUGAUGCAGCAGACGCUGGCUGCGCUCGGGGAGAUGAGGAUUCGUUACCCGGGGAAGAGCGAGGAGGAGGCCGAGGCCGUGUUGGAUGAGAUUCUGAACAACUGGAAAUACCAUAAACCAAAAGUGGCGUCUUACUGGCUGGUGAAGUUAGAUGCCACAAAACAAAGGAAGGUUUUGGAUAUUGUCCGUACCAACAUCCGCUCAGUGCUUCAGAGAAUUUGGAGUGAACCGGAUGUGGAGAGUCUACGUCUUUAUCGCCUUUUCAACCGUGUGUUUAACCGUCUGCUGUGGAGUCACGGUCAGGGGCUCUGGAACUGCCUCUCCAGCUCUGGCAGGUCAUCAUGGGAGAGUGUUUUCAGUAAGAGCAGUGAGGUGGUGACCGCGCAGGAGCUGAGGUGCUGCCAGCGUGUCGUACAGUUGUGUAGAGACUGUCUGCUUGUAGUCUACAAGUUUGUGGCUGACUCCCGUGGUUCUCUCAGUGGACUUAGCCCAGACUGGGACGACACAAGGUAUCUGCUGCCAGUCACCUCCCAGUUCAUCAUCAAGUGGCCGUCGUCUAGCUUCAGCCGCUCGGCGUCCUCCACUCGCCCCCGCAGCGUCUUUACUGCACGGAUGGGUCACUUCUGAUGGCCACUGGACUCCGACACCUGCUGGGGGAGACCAUAUCCAGACUUGAGAUAUCCAGACCUAAGGGCAUAACGUCUGGGACCUCCACAAACUCCAGCAGCAUAUUUAAGGGGAUCUGCCCACCUGCAUUGUUAAUGCAUCAAAUGCAUAUGAUCGAGCAGUCCCUGCCUCCUGUCCGCUGUAAAAUAUCAGCUGCAUUGCUAUCUCCUUUAGGAUGCUUGUAAAGAUGAAGAACAUUAUGAAGUUAUUUUCCAGACUCUACAAAUUAUUCAGUGGAUUCCAGUGAAUGUUUCUGUGUCAUGGAAUCAAGUCAUGUUCACUUUUUUUUUUUUGCUUUGACCAUGGUGUUAUUUCUUUCAGUUUAAUUUUCAGUUUAUCCCUAAAUCAUUUUAUCCAUUAAUAUGUAACAUGAUGCAGCUUUCUUAAUAUUCACUUUAUAUUUUAGCUCAUUUGGUCUAUUUUAAAUUCUUCUCAGAAUUAAAAUUUUAAUAAUAUGGGGCCGUUCACACAGGAUCUCAAAGAGCUUUUAACUUUUCAAGGCGCUUGAAAAAUGUUAAUGGCGAGAGGGAAAAAAAGCGUUAUGUGUUGCAACGGCCUAAGAUUUGAGUAUAACAUCAGGCAUUUGUGACCUUGUGAACGUUUCAUUCCAUUGACCAAUCAGUUUGAUCUAUUCAUGAAAAGUAAUCUUGAAAAAAAAAAAGAGGCAUAAAGUGUUGUCGCAUGCAGUCAGGAAGGACAACACAAUGUAAAGUUGAGUUACAUGCAAUUGACAAGCUCACAUCCUAAGAUUUUUCCAAUGUAGAUGAAAAGUGCAACUGGGAUGUGUCCUGCGUAAAUGCCCCCUAAGAACGAUUUAGAAAGGGAAGGAGUUAGUGUUAAGGAGUUAAGUGUUCGAAUUGGAGUCAGGGUUAGGGUUAGGUUAGGUCUAGGGUUUUAUGAGUAUUAUAGUGUUAGGAAUUAAAACUGCUUACUGUUUGGAGUAAAUGCUUUACGUUAUACUAGACUAUAGUUGCCUGUUCUGAACUAACAGAUCAACUUUUAAGGGACGCAAGUCUCUUUUGCAUAACUUUUAUGAGCCAUAUUGUGUAGAAUGCAAAUAUGAACCUCAGCGUCUGGGCUGUCUGAUGUGCAGUGCUGAUGAAAGGGAUUUUUAAUAUUGCGCUGGUAGAGUAUGUUUGGUAAAUUGUCAAUGAGCUCAAUGUGCUAAAACUUGGAUGGCUGCAUCUUGAAGAUACUUGAAUUAAUUUAUGUUAUUUAUUUUAUUAAAAUGUCUGUGUUUACAUCUAAUUUAGCAUUUGUUUUAAACACACUUGUUCAUUUAAUCCAUGGCAUUACCAAUGUAUGCAGUGAAGUUUAUGAACGGAAUAACCUUUUAUGAAAGUACUGUAAUAAGUGCUAAUUGCAGAGCUUUGCUUUGGAUCUAAUUAGGAUAAAUGUUCAUGUAGUGUUUUAGUAAAGGUGACCUGGAUGUGCCAGCUCAAACCACGCUGUGCCAAGACUACUCACAACCAGCAGUGUGUUAUUGAGGAGCUAUGUGACUGUUGGCAGUAUUUAUCAUUUUAUAUAAUUCAUGGGAUUUUCUGUUCAGAAUGUGCUGUUUAAAAACCUCGGCUGUCGGGUUUUCUUGUUUUGGUAAGUAAGAGAAACUGUAGUGACACUGUUCUGACAGCCAUCUAUGUAACUCCCACUGAAAACAGCGAUAACCCAACAUUUAUUCAUCAGACCAUUACAGGUCAUUUUGCCCAACGUACCAUCACGUCACAAUGCCAAAUAUAAUUUUUGCCUGGAUUUUCAUUCAGGAGAAUGGUUUUUAAUAGCAAUAAAAGGCUUAAAACAUCUAAA